GCUGGCGCCAUUUAUUUACUAUCUUCUGAUAAGCACCACAGUGGAAGUUUUAGUUUUGUUAUCACGUUUCUUUUGGCUUUCUUAUCUUUUACAGCGGUGUAGUGUUUUCAACAAAACCGAUAAGAAUUGUGUAGGCGUUAUGCUUGGAUUGAUUUUACGUCAUUUGUACAGUAAUAAAUUUCUUUUACUCCUCAUAUUUGUUCUAAAUUUACGUGAUUUCUUGGAACAACUACACACCUACGAAUUCAAGCGUUAUCCUCUUGAACAAAUUUAUAGUAAAAGUCAAAUUAAACAGUGUGAAGUGAUAUUCGAAAGUUUAGAAUAUGAUUACCAAUCGAGUACACACAAUAUUUUUAGCCAUUUGUUGGCCAAAACCGGAAGUCGCAGAAAAACUCAGAUAUUUCGCAGCAAAAGCGGUGUUAACAAAAUCAUAGCAAAAAGCUAUCCGAAAAGUCUGGAAUUUAUAAAACUUCUCAAUUUUCCGCUAAAUCGAGAACUAUUAAAGAGAGAGUUCCACCUGCAAGCACCGAGCUUAGACUUUCAAUUCUGUCCCCAUGAAAGCAUACAGCGUUUUGUAAACUUUUUCAGCACCACGAGUGGUUACAACGAAACAACGGUUUGGUUGUUUAUGCUCACUAAUGCGCAGCUGUUCUUGCAACCCUAUUUGCAGAAGCAUGGCUUUCCAGUGCCGCAAACGUUUGGUAUAUGUGGAUUUACCGCUUAUCAAGAGCAUGUUGGACAGACGGUGGAGCACUUCUACCCGGCAGAUUUUCAAAUUAAACUACGAAUCGUAAGGCAACUACUUGAGGCAGCUUUAAUAUUUACAAAUGGCUUUGAAGGAUAUCGCAUAUAUAUAACCGAUCUGACCUCAGACAAUCUAGUUUAUAAUGUUGAACGUGAUAAACUUUAUUUCGUUGACUUGAAUACAGUGUAUAUAGUGGAUGCGAACAGCACAAUUGAUAGUGAUGGUGUUGAUCAUCAUGACUUAAUUGCGUGCGACAAUUGUUUUGCAUUCGUACCAGAUCGUUUGUGUACGAAUGGGUUAAGCGAUUUGAAUGUGCUGGAGUCUUGUCUCUUUAUUCGCGAGGACUUGAAAGGGGAUCAAACAAAAGGCUUCUUAAAACCAAUACCAGCGGAAAUGGAGGUGAAAUAUCCGAAUUUGGUGCAGCUACUAGACGAAUGUGUCGAAGGUGCGACAUAUAAAGAAAAUUCCAGCGUCAACAACAACAACAACAUCGGCAACUACAAUAUGUCGCGUUUCAUGGCAGCUAUUAAGUUAAUUGAAUUGUUAACAAAUAUUUCAGGUGAAAAUUAAGCGAUUUACAGUAUAAGUGAAAAUCCAAAGUGCACUUUUUAAUAUUAGAUAUACACUGGCGAUCAUGUUAGAACUUACCACCACUAUUUUUUAUUAAAAAAAAAUGCGUUAGAAUCUCGUACAUUAAUAAAAAAAUAUAUUUUUACUUAAUUUACGAAGUUCUACCUCAUUCACAAACAAAUGGGGGUAAGUUAUAUUUAUGUACAUAUCGUUUGUACGAAAGUCCAGUUAUUACUCAUUUAAAUCCUAUUAGAACUUAGAAAUAACUGCUACAGUAUAAAACUAGUUAUAAUCUUCAAUAAAAUACAGAGUUUAUAAAGAAUUUGGAGCUAAAGAACUUGAUUUUCUAUUAAGUAUUUAAUCACUCC